GAGGGGCAGGUCAUCAAGGCACCUGGCAGCGCUGCGCAAGUACCUGGGGGACGUGGUGGUGACGAGCUACAGGGCCCACCUCGCUCUCUUUGUUGCAUCGCCACAGCAGAUGGAGUUUUUCGAGAGAGAGUCAAUGCUCUCCACGCUGGACCGCCUGUGGAGCGUGCACAUCGCCAACAUGGCACGUCUGAGGAACGCGGUGAGCGUGCAGGGCUUUGGGCGAGAGAACCCAUUGGAAGAGUUCAAAAUCGAGGGCACACGCUUCUUCAUCUCCACACUCUUCGCCAUGAGGAGGGAGAGCGUGCAGGCGCUGCUGUCGGCCUUUUUGGCAGAUACAGACGGGAACAUAGAGGGUGGCAGUGGUGGGAAUGUCUGA